AUGCAUAUGAUAUUGCCUGAGGUCUUAGCGUUGUUGAAAAAGCAGGUUGAUCAAUCGUUCUACCUCUAUAACUUACGAAAAUCGAUCAGCGGGAAAGACAGAGCAUCAAUUGACCAUUCAGGUGUCUUUGACGGUGCACAGCGUAAAUGUGUGAAGAUACCCAGAAGACAUGUUGACAUCAAUGUGGUUAAACUCAUCGACAAAGGUAAAAAACCCAUACAAGGUUAACCGAUACAUGGUUUAUAUUACAGUGAUAUGCAUAUGCAUAAAAAAUAUGCAUAUAAAUGCAUGUAUUCGAUUUCUUCUUUCCUUCGUUUAAAUGCGUCAAGCUUUUGUUUUCACAGAAUCAGAAAUAACGAGUUAAUCCGAAUUGAUAAUUUUAGAUAAUGGAUUAAUGGACAAAAUGAAUCCAACUUUAUUAUAUUAUUUGACGCUUUCAGCAUUUGGUGAUGAAACACCAGAGUCAGAUGAGGAGGUUGAAGUGCUCGACAGACAAGAAAAAAAUGACGAGACAUUGGAGCUGCUGCAAAGUCAAGUAGCUACAGAAAUUGAACACAACAAUAUUUUGCGAACAGAAAAGCGACAUUUGGAGGAAACCUUGCAGUCUGAAUCAGUUAAACGUGCCAAAAUGGAAGAGAGAGUUGCUUUGUUGGAACAGGAACUGGCAAAGAAAGAAAGAGUGUGGAAG